AUGGACUCCUAUCGCUACGCGCCGGUGGCCGAAUCCGAAAUCCGCCUGGUGACCAUUACAGAGGCCGAACAAGGGAAACUCGAAGCAACCAUCCAACAUGUCGACCUGGACCCUGAAGAUCCUCUGAAAUACACAGCACUGUCUUACUGUUGGGGCAACCCUACCAGCCGAAUUGACGUGCCCUGCGAUGGGAAGCUGCUGAGCAUCACGGCAUCACUCCACGAGGCGCUGUGCGAAAUCAUCCAUUUCAGCCCGAACAAGACCUUGUGGAUUGAUCAGAUAUGCAUUAAUCAAGAGGAUAACGCAGAUAAGUCCGCGCAGGUGAAAAAGAUGAAUUUGAUCUACGACAAGGCCGAGACAGUUCUUGCAUGGUUAGGACCGGCAAGUAAAUCCACCGCGCUGGGGGUGAAUUUCGUAAAGAAGGUUGGCGACAUUGCUCUUACCACCGCCACAGACAUGUUCCGAUGGGAUGAUUACGUCGACAAUGAGGAGCACAGCGCUACCAGGCUCGAACGGAAGGAAGAGUAUACCCAGGAGAAGUCUCACGAGCUGGGCAUCCCUUUUGAUGACCUGGCUUCCUGGGACGCCUUUUCAGAGUUUUUUGACAAGCCAUGGUACCAACGAAUGUGGAUCGUGCAGGAGAUCAUCCAAGCCCGCAAAGCCAUCGUCGUCUGUGGUCCCCACAGCGUGUCAUGGGAGCAUGUCAGUGCCGCAGCCCGAUGGUUCUGCUACAAGGCCGAAGCCAUACACGAUCGGAACAGUCGCAAUGUGGACGGCAUGUGUCUGAUCACCCAGAUGGUGUCUAUCCCGUGGCGCGCCAAGAUAGGCAGCGAAUACCGCCCCGAGCUGCUGGGGCAGAAGAUGCGCCCUACGUGCAGGUGGGGCUUGCGAGAUCUUCUCGAAGGACUACGGCCUCGUCUGGCUACCGAUCCCCGAGACAAGGUGUAUGGUGUGCUCGGCAUUAGUGUGCAGGAUGGCAGUUUCGGAGAAGAGGGGCUGACCGUGGACUAUUCCCUAUCCGUCAAGGAGAUUUUCACUCAAGCGACGAGGGAAAUCAUCAAGUCAGAUCCUACAAACGAUCUGAAUGUGAUAUGGUCGGCAAGGCAGCGGUGCGAUGAACCAGGCUGGCCGAGUUGGGUUCCUGAUUGGAGACAGUCGACGGGGUAUGGCUGCGCCUGGGGCAUUGGCAAGCCCUUCAACACGGCGCCACGCGUGAAUGGCGAACACCGAUUCAUUCCUACCGACGAUCCCUUUGCUCUGGCUGUACAGGGAACGACCCUCGGGCGGGUGACGUACAGAAGCCAGUACUCGCAUUUCGGGGAGCUCUUCGAACACAGUCGGCUCCGUGAAGUGUACCAGGAUUGCAUGGAUAGACUUCGGACCUAUCCAACUGGCGAAGAGGUUAGACAAGCCUUUGGCCUCACCAUUGUAGGCGGUCACUUGACCGAAGCAUUAGUGGAGACAGGCACCUCGGUGGAGACAUAUGCCGAAAAUUACAUGGACUUCUUCGACGUGACCCAAAUAUCACAGGCGAUACCGGCAGAAAGGGCUACCCGGGAAACACUGCUCAGAGCGUUCGGUGAAGGACUAGGAUUCGACAAGGGCUGGAUACUGGCAGUUCUGGACGCGUAUUGCGAGCGAAGAUUCUUCCUGACUGACACUGGUUACAUGGGAUUGGCUCACCACGAGGUGUUGGAAGGGGACCUGAUUGCUGUGAUCGUUGGCCUCAAGUGGCCGUGCGUUCUACGGCCAAAAACAGACAAUCAUGACGAUGGGUUCGAGUUUAUCGGCGAUGCAUACACACACGGGAUGAUGGAUGGAGAAGGAGUCCAGGACAUUCCCAAAGAUGAAUCCGAGGAAGGCCGGGGCCGUUAUGUAGGCCAGAAAUUCCUUUUGAAAUAG